AUGAAGACGGAGAAAAUUCAGGUCACAGAGGUCGCUCACUUUUCCACUACAACCAAGACUGCAAAACAUGGGGACCGAGUUUUGCGACAGCUCAUUAAGGACAGGCUACAGGAGGAAGAUGAUAUGCGCCCUUUCUACAUUGCCAACUUGGAUGAAAUAGUUAACAAGCACAAGUACUGGUUGGAACUGAUGCCGCGUGUCAAACCCUUCUACGCCGUGAAAUGUAACAACACUGAGCCAGUCGUGAAGACCAUUGCGGCACUUGGGGCGGGGUUUGACUGCGCCAGCAGCGCUGAAUUCCAACAGCUUCUAAGAUAUGGGGUGGAGACAGAUAGGAUUAUAUACGCCAACCCGUGCAAGGAUCCCGAGGAAAUUAAACGUGCCUCAGAACAAGGAGUCGACCUCAUGACAUUUGAUAACGAAGAUGAAUUAGUGAAAAUAAAGAGCCUUUAUCCUGGUGCAAGACUCGUAUUGAGGAUUCUCCCUCAAGUACGAAAGGCUGUUGUGGAUUUAGGACAAAAAUUUGGGUGCGCCAUUGACAACUGCAAAAGACUUUUAUUGAAGGCAAAGGAACUGGACUUGACCGUAGUUGGCCUCAGUUUCCACGUUGGCUCCACGUGCUUAGACACCUAUGCUUAUGAGCACACAUUGCAUUUGUGCCGCGGCGUCUUCGACUUAGCCAAAACCAUUGGGUUCGACUUUAACUUCCUCGACAUCGGUGGUGGAUUCCCCGGUUAUGAGACUGAAGGAAAACUAUCAUUAUCUGACAUUGCCAAGGCAAUUAACAAUUCACUGGAUGAAUACUUCCCGGAGGAGGAAAAUGUUAAAGUGAUUGCAGAGCCCGGACGUUACUAUGUACAAUCUGCUUUCACUCUUGCAUUGCGUGUAAUAGCAAGACGGGUGGAGCGGCCGGAAACAUACAGCAAACAGGAGGAAGCAGAAAAAUCUUUUAUGUACUACCUCAGUGACGGUCUUCAUGGAUCCUUUUUUCUGCAUAUUAUCCUUGAAAAAUAUGCACCAGAUUUCUAUGUACUUGAGGUAAGCCUGUGUAAAAUCUCUUUGAGAAAUGCUCCAACAGUCAACACUUGUACAGAAUUCAUAAUAUUUUACUUGUUGUUACAAAUUAAUUUAAGAGAUCUUAAAAGAAAUUUUGCAGGCCAUGCAUCUGGAUCCUUUGGACUACGCAGUAUUCGUGUACAUAUAACUAAAUGGAUCUGAUGGUCAUCAUUUUUCUUUUCUUCGACUUUACUGUAAUCCCUAGAGUUAAUGAAAAGAAAGGGGUGACCAACAUAAUCAGUAGUCAUAUUUGCCGGUUUUAAAUGUAAUAAACUGUUGAUCAAACAGAAAUUCUGAAAGAGGUGUUUAACUUGGUC